UGCUGAGGUUGCACUGCUGCGUUUAGGGUUAGUGCGCCGGACGUAUGAAAAGACUUAUCCCUGCAGUCGAAACCCGCCAGAACCGCAAGCAAUAGUGAGAGGACGGCUGCGUUUGUCUCCACGGUGUUGAAGCCGCACGAAGUGAGCACCUGAGCGGCGAUGAAGGCACGCGAGAGAGCGGCAGUUUCAAGCCCUAGCCCGCGGUGAAUAUGAAUGAAGAAUGACCAAUGGUGAGUAAAGACAAAGCGUACUACGGCGUGGAGGUGAACUCAAGUGGCCUGAAGCGGUGACGCACUGAAUAAAAACUGAACACAUUAAACAUUAAACACACCAACAUGUUAGCGCCGAAUUAAAAGCUGAAGUUAGCUCACUGUUAGUUGUAAGGUUGUUUAAAGCGCACAUGCAAAAAAAAAAGUCUGCGCUGUCCCAAAGCAGGGUAGUGAAAGCGUUUUCGAAACCUACCGGGAGCCGACCACACACGCAUCCGUCCUCUUGCCUUCUCCGCCGAGCGACUGGCUCAUUUACUCCUCUUCUUUGCAUCAGUCUCCUUUUUCUUCUGCUUCUACCUCUAUCUCUGUCCUGUGACAGAAAAAGACCUCCCACAGAAGUGAAAAACGAUUACGCAAUCGUGCAAAUUUAUCUUCAAGACGCAAAAGGAAAAAUCGUAAGCUUGCUGCAUAACUCAUCCUGCACAAGAGUGUGGAAACACAAGCAACCUAACUGUACGUCUGGCAACAUGGAUGUUGUGAGCACCUUGCACAAACUAGCUUGCAAAAUGAAGAAUUUAGAGCUUCCCGACACAGAUAAACUGGCCAGAUCUGUCAUAAACUCAAUACAGUGUCCUUGUCAGAAGAAACCGACUGAAGAACCCAACGCGAAGCCGAAGAGGAGGAGGACAGCGACGAGAAAAAGGAGGAACGAGCCGAGAAAAAGCAAAGAGACGAGAAAACUUUGCAAAACCAAAGCAGUCCUGUCCAGUAUGACUACAUGCUACGAGAUGCUGAAUACUAUGACCGCCUGAGACCAAACUACAGCACGUUGUUGAAGCAAAAAAAACUCACACAUCCUGCCUGUACUUAUGUAGUCCUUCAUUGGAUUAUACAAGAGGAAGCUUCCACUUCAUUUAAGCUACCCUGUCACAUACCAGUAUAUCCCUUCUGCAGCUGUAUUUGAUCAUAUAUGAUGACUGACUCUUCAGAUAAGUUUCCAAGCUGCACAGGCACAAGCUAUUAAGCCAACUGGGAAAAAAUGUUCCAAGGCCAGCCAACAAACUGGACUCUUACACACUGGGCUCAACUGUGUGAUGCAUAUACCCCGCACUAGUGCCCAGAAUUCCCAAGAAUGUAUUAUGGACUGCUUGCACGGGGCACAGCAUAAAGAAGCUUAGAUGACGGACAGUGGGUUCAAAAGAGAAAAUGUUUUCUAAGGUUUAAAGUUGCAGAUGUAGCUAAACCUAUUUUGUAAAGGCAAUUAGAUUGUAAAGAAUAUGCUAUGACAUUUACUUGCACUUAGCGAUGACUGCUCAAGCGUGACCAGGAUAUAUUAAGGUGCUUGAACACAGUUUUGCUUUCACUUUGGAUAAGAAUGACUAGCCCUAGCACAUAUUUGUUAACUAAAGCUCCUUUGUUUCGUUGUUUCAGGCUGUGUGUCAAGUCAUCUUUUUCAGAUGGCAUUAUGUUGAUUAAUCAUUGAGCAUGAUUGAUACUUUAAAAGCACAUUCUGCCACAGAUGGCUGAGUUCAGCUCACACACCUGACUUCUUACGCUCUGGAAUACUCUACGAAGCUUUCGUGUCACAUUGUGUUGCUUUGAUUAAUGGUACCUGCCUAAUUAAAAAAAACAAAUAUAUAUAUAUAUAUAUAUAUAUAUAUAUAUAUAUAUAUAUGAAAUGUAACGUAGCUUGGGGAGCAAAAAUGCUGUUUGCCACAUUUGUUGUUUUUCAUAAUUUUUAAAUAUUUGUUGGUUGCAAAGUAAAAAAACAAACCAACAUUACCAUUUAACCUUUGCCCCUGAUUCCAGCUACCACUUUCAGUGCAGCAGCUAUAUUUCCUUUUCCUUACCAUGCAUAAUGCAUUAUCAUGGAGCUAAUUUCCUUUUGUAAAAUGUUUAAUGUAAAAUUUGUUUUAAAGCACAUAAAGCAGUGACUAUUAUAUAUGA